UGGUCAUCUGGUCUGGUCAUCUGGUCUGUUCAUCUGGUCUGAUCAUCUGGUCUGAUCAUCUGGUCUGGUCAUCUGGUCUGUUCAUCUGGUCUGUUCAUCUGGUCUGUUCAUCUGGUCUGUUCAUCUGGUCUGGUCUGGAGAUGUUUGAGCUGCUGAUGGUCAGCUGUUCAGGAGGACCCUGUUAGGAUCUGGACUCUGGAGCUCUACUGGUCUCUGUUGUGGUUCUACUGGUUCAGCCUCAAGAACUGCUGACAGACACACGUCACCGUGGAGACCCGCUGAGGAAGAGGAGGAUGCUGCCCUGGACCACUGACGAGCAAAUCAAGAAAACACCAGAAGAAGAAGAAGAGUCUAUUCGUCCUCCUCCUCUUCCUCCCGUUACCAUGACAACCUCCGAGGACGACCCUCCGACCAAUCGGGACCUCAGCUCGGACUCGGGGGAGGAGACGGCGGCUGUGCUGUCAGACUCCAACAGGGAGUUGUUACUAUGGCAACGGAAGGAGGAGGAGGAGCGUGAUGAAGAGGAGACUCAGGCGGUGGCCUCGUCUCCAGACGGACGAUUCCUCAAGUUCAACAUCGAGAUCGGACGAGGAUCCUUCAAGACGGUUUACAGAGGACUCGACACCGAGACCACCGUGGAGGUGGCCUGGUGUGAGCUGCAGACUCAUCGUCUGACAAAGUCAGAGCGUCAGAGGUUCACUGAGGAGGUGGAGAUGCUGAAAGCUCUGCAGCAUCCCAACAUCGUCCGAUUCUUCGACUCCUGGAAGUCGACGCUGAGGGGCCACAAAGGCACCAUCCUAGUGACGGAGCUCAUGACAUCCGGGACUCUGAAGACGUACCUGCGCCGGUUCCGUCAGAUGAAGCUGAAGCUGUUGCAGCGUUGGAGCUUCCAGAUCCUGAAGGGGCUACAGUUCCUGCACUCACGCAGCCCCCCCAUCCUGCACCGAGACCUCAAGUGUGACAACGUCUUCAUCACCGGACCCACCGCCUCCGUCAAAAUCGGAGACCUGGGCCUCGCCACGCUCAAGAAGGCCUCGUUCGCCAAGAGUGUCAUUGGGACCCCGGAGUUCAUGGCUCCAGAGAUGUACGAGGAGAAGUACGACGAGGCCGUGGACGUUUACGCCUUCGGCAUGUGCAUCCUGGAGAUGGCGACGUCCGAGUAUCCAUACUCCGAGUGUCAGAACGCCGCCCAGAUCUACCGCAAAGUUACCAACGGAAUCAAACCCGACAGUUUUUUAAAAGUAAAAGUUCCUGAGCUGAAAGAGAUCAUUGAAGGCUGCAUUCAAACCGACAGCAAUGAGAGGUUCACGGUUCAGGACCUGCUGGAUCAGCGGUUCUUCCAGGAGCAGCUGGGGGUCCACGUGGAUCUGGCCGAGGACGACGACGUCUCGAAGCCGGCCCUGAAGCUCUGGCUCAGGAUGGACCACAACAAGAAGCUUCACGGCAAAUACAAAGACAACGACGCCAUCGAGUUCCUGUUCGAGCUUUACAAAGACGUCCCGGAGAAGGUCGCCCAGGAGAUGGUGGUGCUGGGGUUCUUGUGUGAAGCAGACUAUCAGCUGGUCGCCAAGGCGAUCAGACACAGAGUGACGGCCAUAAAGCGCCAGCGGGAGAAACAGCAGCGUCUGCUGGAGGACGCUCUGAAGAAGGAAGCUGUCAUGGAGGAGGAGUCUGACCCCGCCCCCCAACCACCCGACCUGUCCAAUCACAGACCGGCAGCUGCCGCCAGCUCGUCUGCUGCUGGGAAGGUGGCCAAUCAGCAGGACUCUGCAGGACACGCCCCCGCCUGGAUACAAGCCCCGCCCUCGGUACCGGUGACAUCAUCGAGCAGCAGCACAGUGGAUUCUGGGAUCAGCAGCGUGUCCAGCAGGACGGAAGGAGACGGAGACGAGGAGGACGACAAGACGACCAAACACACCUCGUACUCCUCCGUUGCAUCAGAUGGUGAGAUGGACGGCUCCGUCAGCUCCUCUGGUGUCCCGGAGAAUGCUGAAGCCCCGCCCCCUUCAGUCACUCACCACGCCCCCCUCUACUCGGGCCCCGCCCCCCUCUACUCUGGCCCCGCCCCUGCUCCGCUGGCUCAGGAAACCCCUCAACACCAGGCUCCUCCCCCUGUGACCCGGCCUCCAUCCAAAGCUCCACCCCUGCCCAUACUGCGUUUCCCCAAGAGCAUCGCUGUGUCCCAAAAUGCCGAGCGACAAACAUCUGGAUCCGUCUCUGGCUUCUCCUCACCUGUUGACAGCUGCGCCUCCGAUGUGACCUCAGGUUUGAGUGACGGCAACGACGGCCAAUCAAACAAGGGCAACCAGGAAGUGACCAGACGAGCGGUUACGAAGCACUUCAGACGGAGAACGAGGGCUCGCCUGAGAAUCACAGGGGUGUCAGACAUGGUGGACCGGGUGGUGGAGUGUCAGCUGCAGACUCACAACAAUAAGAUGGUGACGUUUAAAUUUGACCUGGACGGAGACAAUCCAGAGGACAUCGCCUCCGUGAUGAUCCACAGAGACUUCAUCGUGCCGUUAGAACGAGAAGGGUUCAUCCUCCGCAUGUAUGACAUCAUCCAGAGGGCGGAGUCCAUGAUGCAUCAACAGCAGCCCGCCGACACCGACAGGUUGUCUCACCUGACUGCCUCCACGCUGCCCGACGCUGCUGGUCUCUCCAGGACUCUGUCCUCGUCUUCACUUUCAGACAUUGCAGACGCCGACCCCUCCCCCUUAAAGGGCGGAGACUUCUACAUCGACCCUGAGGCCACGCCCUCCGUCAGACCGCUGAGGUCACAGUCUUUCCACGCCUCCUCAGCUCCCUCCCAUCAGCCCCCCCCCUACCCCCUCCAUUACUCCCACCCAGAGUCUCCCCUCCGUCCUCCUCCUCAGUAUAACCUCCAGUCUCCUCCUUACUCACCCUACACCGCCUCCUUCCCAACCCAGAGCUCCUCCUCCUCUUCCUCAGCUCCUCCUCCUCCUCCUCCUCCUCCUCCUCCUCCUCCUCCUCACUGGCCCCCCCCUGACCAGCCUAUCUUCUCUCUGGCCAACGUCCUCUCUCUGGCUAUGGGCAUGGCCCAGUCCCUCAUGCCCCCAUCUGGGUCCCCCAACCAGGGCUUUCACCCCCAGCCUCCCCUCUUCCCCUCCCUCCAGGCUCCCCUCUCUCGCCCCAUGUCUCCCUCCCUGGGCCACGGCUACUUCUCCUCCCAGCUGUCCUACAGCCCCCCCACCCUCAGCAAACAGGGGGCGCCGCCUGGCUGGACUCCCGACACCCCCCAAGGACAGCCCUUCAGUCCUGUUCAGCUGAAGGUCGGCUCAUCUCCGCCCCAUAAUCGUUCAGAGGCCAUCUCUGCUCCCGGUCUGACCAGAGCUCCCAGUCUGACCAGUCCUCCCAGUAUGAUCAGAGCUCCCAGUCUGACCAGUCCUCCCAGUCUUGUCCAGGUGUCCUCCCCCGUCUCACUGUCCCCCAUACAGGAGGUGAAGAAACCUUCAGUCUUCAGCGUUGGUCGUUUCCAGGUGACACCCUCUAAAGACAUUCCCGCCGUCCGUCUCCAGGAGCCCCGCCCCCUCGACCAGGCCAUGCCCACCGCUCACUCCCCGCCUCCCUCACGGGCGAACCAAUCAGAGAGCUCAGAGAGCAGCACGGUGGAGCAGAGCGAGUCAGAGAGCAGCAUUGGCACGCUGGUCACGGUCGGAAGAGCGGAAGAGGAGGAGGAGGAGAAAAAGAAGGGGAGCAGGGGUCCGAGACUGAGCGUCAGCCUGUGGGAGGGGUCGGCCGCCGGCUUCAGCCAAUCGUGGAGCCGCGCGGCGCCUUACUUAAGCUCUGAUGAAUCAGAGAGCGAGAAUGAGGAGAUGUGGGUGGAGCUGCAGGAGCUCCGUGAAAGACACCAUGUGGAGGUGCAGAACCUGCAGGCCAAUCAGAAGCAAGAGAUUGAGGACCUGUACCUGAAGAUGGGGAAAGUCCCGCCCCCCGGUAUCGUCUCUCCGGCUGCCAUGUUGAACUACCGCCAGCGCCGCCUCUCCAAGACCGGGAACUACCCUUCUCCUCCUCCUCGUAAAAACAGCCUGCAGCGACUGGACGUGCUGCCCCCUGCAGGAAUCAUGAGGAAGAGCUCAGUCAGCAGCAGCAGCAGCGGAUCUCAGGAUAGAGCAGGGAGAGGCGUGACCUUUGCCCCCCAACACAGCCGUACGUUAGAGAGGAGCUGAAGACGAUGACAACUGACAAUGAAGAGGACAUCACUUUGUGAUCAAACCUGGCACAUUAUAAUAUUUACAGUAUUUAGUUUGAUUCCUGUUUGUUGUUUUUUUCCGUUUUAUACUUUGAAUUGAGACUCAAAUAACAUUUUAAAGACAUUUCAGCACUUUAGGAAGGAAAUGUGGAGCCUGAAUGAGUCUCAUGUAAGAACGGCUUCUUUAAAGACGACGAAGGAAACAAAAAUCACACAAGGUUUGAAGUUGAACCCCAAAACUACCUGAAUGUGAAAACCUUCAUCGCUCUGUGAAGAUGCCGUGCUCAUGGCUGUCUCGCCAUGAACACGCUACUGCUGACUUUACAGGAUUUAUUCGUGUUGAACGUUAACGUCUACGCCUGCUGCUUGUUUACUCACAAUUAUUGAUAUGACAGAGAAAUAUUUAAGAUGUGAAAACAAGUUCUGAUCUGUUUAUGGAUGAAGUCCAGAGGAGACACGGGUCAAGAUUUUAGACUUUUCAAAUAGAUGAAAAAUCUUCGAAGAAUGAUGAAAUAGUUCCCAGUGAUUAUCGAAUAAUAUUACACGGCUCUGUUGAAUACUCCAUUCUGAUUGGUCAAUCACGGUGUUCUAUGGUCUGUUAUUUCUUUAUAGCAGAGCGUUGCUACGUAUAACAGACCGUUGCUGCGUAUAACAGACCGUUGCUAUGUAUAACAGA